CCCAUUCUGUUCCGCGAUUAUAAAGUGCGAGCUUUUUGUAUGAUCGCUUCACUUCUCGCAUUUUUCUCGUUGUUCUCGUCCGCGAUGGCUGCUAACAAAGAACGUACUUUCAUCAUGAUCAAGCCGGACGGAGUCCAGCGUGGGCUCGUCGGCACCAUCAUCCAGCGGUUUGAAGCCAAGGGCUUCAAGCUCGUCGCGAUGAAGUUCAUGUGGCCAUCGAAGGAUUUGCUUGAGAAGCACUACGCCGAUCUGUCGGCGCGUCCCUUCUUCCCCGGACUCGUCACGUACAUGAGCUCCGGCCCGGUGGUGCCAAUGGUCUUCGAAGGCCUGAACGCCGUCAAGACCGGUCGCAAGAUGCUGGGAGCCACCAACCCGGCCGACUCCGAGCCUGGUACCAUCCGUGGUGAUCUGUGCGUCCAGGUAGGCCGCAACAUCAUCCACGGAUCGGACGCCGUCGAAUCGGCCAACAAGGAAAUCGCCCUGUGGUUCAAGGACGAAGAACUUGUGUCGUGGACGCCAGCCGCCGAAGGAUGGGUUUACGAAUAGGCAUUUAGUAGGAAUAUAUAGGUGUAUGGCGGCAAGAAACGAGCAUUUACUGUAUUCCGUUUUAUCGUUUACACAAUUAUAUGUUACGUACUCAAUUUGCUUUUAAAGUGCUCCUGGCAAAGGGAACACAAAUGGGAAAAAUAAAUGCUAGAACCGUGAA